AAGACGCGGCAGACGGAGCGAUGCGCCCUGCUUCCCCCCGAGGUUGCACCUCCAGUCGCCAGUUUCGAAUGGGACGAACGAGAUAGUAGCCUACAAAAUGCCUCCGACGCGCCCUUCAAGCAUUCUGUUGGCGGUUAUUUUGGCAUCGCCUCGACUAGAGCUUUCCUGCGCACGACCGGGCAUCAAGAUGAAGCCUACCCCCCGAUGGCCAUAGCAUGCCCUUCCAGGACUACUUCGAACGCAUCCAUUGCCUUAUCCUCAAUCGGGCAAUAUGUGGACGCCUACUUCACCCACUGUCACCCGUUGCAUCCAUUCCUGCACGAGACAGCAUUCCGCGCCCAGAUGAUGGAUCUGUACCCACGACCAUCACAGCCACUGUGGGAAAUGCUCCUCUAUGCGGUGGCUGCGCUGGGCGCCUUUGCCGUCUCCUCCCCGACGGACGACACCAUCGACCGGGGAUUCUUCGAAGCCGCCAAGGCACGCUUCUCCACCGACAUGAUGGAGAUGGGCAACAAGACCCUUGUCCAGGCCCUGACCCUGAUGUCGCGAUAUCUGCGCAUGCGGAACAAGCUCAACGCCAGCUACAACUACCUGGGGCUGGCGAAUCGGACCGCGAUCGGGAUCGGGCUGUACAAAGAGUUCCCGGCGCCGGAGAGCAACCCGUUCUACCAGGAAGUCCGCCGACGCGUGUGGUGGAGCCUGUACACGCUGAACCUGGAAGAUGCGGUCGCAUUUUCCCGACCGCAGGAUUUCCCCCAAGCCGGGGUCGAAGUCAAUUUGCCCCUGAAUAUUCACGACCUAGACCUAACCCCAAGCACCCCGGCGAUCCACGCCGAAGCCAACCAAACCAUCCUGUACUCCGGCCUCAAAUUCGCGGCCGCCUUCUACUCCACCAUCAGCAAGGUCUACAGCAGCAUCACGACCGUCCCGUACCCGCGCGCCCGCGAGCUACUUCACUACGACGAUACCCUCAUCCACGGAUGGGAGGCCUCCCUCCCCGCAUUCUACCGCCGCGCCGCACCUCAGGACGCUCAAUACAGCCUCGCCCACGCCCUGCUCUUCUGGCGCCGCCUCAACUUCCAGAUCCUCAUGUACCGACCCUUCAUCGUGUGGCACUACACCACGCGACACAGCGUCAGCCCCCCGAAACUCCCCGCGGACCCCGACAGCGUCCAGGCGGCCAUCCAACGCUGCCGGCGCGCGGCGGACGACUCCAUCCGGGCGAUUGCCGAAUUCUGGUAUUUCCGAAACCAGCAGCGCACCGCGUGGGAGGCGUGGUAUGCCCUCCAAUUCCUGUUCCCCGCCGUCCUGAUCCCGGUGAUGUGCGUGCGGAACGAGUCGUCCGAGGCGGAGGGGGCGGCGGCAUGGCGCGAUCGGAUCCACCAGGCCCUCGAGGUGAUGGAUUCCGCGGCGGAGGUAUUGGAGUCUGCGACGCUGCAGGGGCGCAUCGUGAGGAGUCUUUGUAGUGGUGUGGUGGACUUGGAUAGGGGGUCGGACGUUGUUGGCCUGGGGCACGGGAAUCGGCCUCCUUCGGCGGAGCUGGAGUAUGGUGCGGCGGCGGCAGCCUUCUCGGCGACGCAGCAGAUGUUGUAA